AUGGCGGACAGACGUGUGUUGAACAGUUCCACACUUGAACAAAAUCUACACGAAAAUACAACUGAUAAUGAUAAUCACACAAGUGAAGUGAAUAGCCAAGCGAACAACCUCACAGUUAACGAAAAAGGGAAAUUCAAAUGGCACGGCAGCUUCGAAAGCCUAAAAACGUUGAUGAACGAAAUUACAGAGAAGGAGACAAAAUGGUCGUCAAGCGGUUACUGUAAAAUGCUGGACUUGGACGAGGUCGUG